AUGGCACCUCCGACGUUCAUACGCUGCACUGAGUCUGUUCAGAUAGUUGAACUCAGAAACUUUUUGACAAAGGCGGGGGUGGAGAACAUUGAUAAUUCUGAAGUCCUCCAGAAAAAUUGGCCUUCUGCUUUUAUAAGUCACAUUCCUCAGCUUCGGGUUUGUUUCAGGAGUGAUAAGGUUACUGAGCCUGAGGCGAUUGAUUUAUUGACUACCAUUUCUUCUCUCGUCAUUGGUUUGCCUGAGAAUUACAUCGACGAAGCCGUCAAUAAACUAUGCGAUCUUUACGAAGACUUUUCAGAACCGAAGAAUCGGAAACACUUUGCUAAACUCUACUCAUUAAAUGUUUUGUUCACUGGAUUGCCUGAAGAUCAUCAUUCGAGGUAUCGCGUUUAUCGUGCUCUCGUGAACUGUGCUUCUGAACUUGGAGCUUUGUCUCAAAUUUAUACACAAACCGAGAAGAUUGCAACGCUUUUGAGAGUUUGCAAAUGUACGCCCGCGGAAUGUCAAUUUCUUUGGCGACGCAUGUCGGAGGUGCAUCAGGCGAGUGGCAACACAAAGCUUGCAACUCAAGCGAUGAUUAAUUUGCUUUCUACUUACUCUGAGGGGACUGCGGCAGGAGCUCGUGAGGAUGCUCUUAAGUGCAUCCUGGCUGUGAUUCAAGAUCCCAGUUUUCUCUCACACAGUCGUCUGAUGUCUCUGAAACCUGUUCAGUUCCUCGAAGGUGAGCCGGUGCACAAGCUUCUAGAGAUCUAUGUUUCUGGUGGGCUCGGAGAUUUUGCGGCCUUCACAAAGAAGAAUCCAACCUUUUUGACCGAAAAUGGUCUUGAUGAAAAGGCCUGUCUUGAUAAAUUGAGAACUCUAAGCUUGAUGAAAAUCGCUGAGAAUGUUGCUGAGUUGGACUACGCCACUGUCUGCAAAAAGAUCGAUUUGUCCGAAGACCAGCUUGAGGCGUUUAUUAUCGAAGGUCUCUCCUCAAUUCGUACAUUGACAGUUUAUUCCCCUACCAUGUCUGAAUGUGUAACAUUAAUGAGUGAUAUCUGCGCAUUUUACUUAUCUCUGUUCGUAUUCUAUGUGGUGCAAAUAUUGGUUAUUUUAACUGAUGUUAAUUCUUAA